AUGGGACAUGUGGAAGGGAACUUGCAGCUGGUGAACGCGAUCAGCGGGCGGAGUAUCGGGACACAUGUGCAGUACUUCAUGACUAUGGAGGACCUGAAGCGGUUUGUGAUACAGCAGUGGCACAUACCGGGGCCGGAGAUCUUUAUCCUGCAGCCGUAUGGCGGGAAGUUUAAGCGGGGGCACUUCCAGGACAUGGUGAGCGAGGCCAAGAAGGCGGUGGCGCGGGGGCGGGUGCGGGAGACCAGCGUGCUGUAUGUGUUUGAUCGGCGGCUGUUCGACGGCGGGGAGGAGGCGCUGGCGCAGGCUACGCGGCACGACAGCACGACACUGGUGCGGCCGCUUGUGUCGCCGCUGGAGGAUGCUGAGGCGGAGGUGGGGGAGCGGGCGGCCGCGAGCCUGCUGACGACAAAUCUGGGGUGGCUGAGCGCGCUGGAGAUCGACGUGCGCUACUUUCACGCAUGCAUCGAGGGCUGGGUGCAGCAGCUGGCGAACAUGAAGGAGUGCCUGUCGGUGCUGCUGCAGUACCUGGAGCUGUACUCGUUUGACAUCGAGAAGCUGUAUCACGCGAGCGCGGAGGCGGUGGACGGCGUGCGCCAGCGCUGCGCGUCAAACGACUGGCGGCAGAAGAACCAGGAGCUAUUGGAGACGAUCGAUGCGGUCGCGUCGCGGGGCAAGCUUGUGCAGUUUGUCGACCUGGAGGAGAUGUCAGAGGCCGAGGAGCGCCUGCGCGAGCUGGAACGCUUGCUCAGCAAGAAGCUUUCACUGUUCCGAGGCGCUCUGGACGAGAACCACGCGAUCCGGCAGGAGAUUGCGAACCACAUCAAAGAGGUCGGGACGCGCUACCAAGACAAUAUCUCCAAUUAUGAGCUGGAAGCCCAGAUUCUAGGAAACUUCAAGGACAUGGUCAAAAAGGUCAAGGAGGACACCCGCACGAUCCUUGACCUGGACACCACCAAGGUGUCCCCGGAUCUGAUGACCAGUGCUGUGUCGCUAUUCAAAGAAAUGAAGUCUACCGCGAUUCCUGCGCUGUAUACUGUUGGGCUUUCGCUGUUCACACAGGCAUCCAAGUGCAUGGAGACCAAGGCUUCCCUACAACGCGAAAUGCUGGUUAUUUUGGCGGACAUAGCAGUCGCGCAGGUCAAUAUCGUGGAUGCAAAGAACUCGUUGCUACAACAGGUGAACCAGGACAUUUCAGCCUUGCAUACCACAGAGCAGCAGCUGCUUAGGGUGUCGGAGUUACCAGUGGUGUAUGGACUCUAUUUGAUUGAACUCUACCGCCGGCAACACUGGAUUACAGGCCUUGAUAGAUAUUACAGUGAACACACGAAGGAAAUCCAGAGUGUACUACAGCGGGAAUUGGUUUUCCGCGAAAAGUGGUCGUCCGACUUUAGCUCAUAUUCGGAGAUCUUUCAAUGGCAGGAUGAUAAGCCGCAGUUGGCAAAGUUAUUUUCGAAUGCUUCUCCAUUGGAAGUUGGGCGACCUUGCAUAGAUAUUGGUACUAUCCAAACAUACAUUGAAAUGCUAGCUAGGUGCGAUGUAGCCGAAGAUUCACAAACAUUACUGAAGAAAACCCUCUCCGAAGUGUCUAGGUUCCAAUUUAUAGUGAAGAGUCCUCUUGCUGGUUCCGUUAGCAAAGAUUCCACGGAUAGUAUGAAUGAGGUAAUUGAAGGCUAUAAGAAUAGGAUCAACAAGUUGGAACUGCUCCUCCACAGUACGCAGUUUUCUAAUACCAGUUCGUGGCCAACAGGCGUUCUUAACUCAAAUUCCUUGAAUGUGUUUCACAACAACAUUGCCAGCAUUAAUGAAAAGCUGCUAUUGAGCGACUAUAAAUCAAGGGAUUCCAUCAUGAGUGGUAAGAGUAAUGAGAAAGAGCUUCAAUCUCAGCUUGUUGAACUACAGAAGCAGUUAGAGGAAGCGAAGAAUGAAGCAAAAAGGGUACAGCAGCAACUUAAAACCACCAAGACACAGCUUUUGAAUGGCGAGGACGAGAGAACAGCAUAUAAGGAAACGUUGUCGAUUUUAAAUGCUGAGUUAUCCAAACUCAUCUUGAAUCAAGAAGAACAAAAGCAAGAACUGGUUAUAGCAGCGAAAGAUUUCCAAGAGAAACUAGAUGUAUCUAUGCGCCAGGUUAAUGAUCUUUUGAAACAAGUGAAUUUCUGGAAAUCGAAGUGCGGUGACUUGGACAAAAUUAAGCAGGACUUACUGGCCAACAUGGCGACGAAAGAGACGGACUUCAACAAUCGAUGCACCGACUAUGAACGUAAUAUAGUUGAACUUCAGCGUCAACUAUCAGAAAAGUGCGACGCUACAAACGAACGCUCUGUCACUUCAACCUCUGCCGAUGUACCUGGAGAAACCAAAGAAUAUAUUGAGUCUCUCAAGGAAGUCAACCGUAGACUGGAAGAAGAUAUGUUUGCUGUUUUUGCGGGGAACAUAGUGUUACUGGAGAACAUCGGCCUGCUUCUUUCUAGAGGCCCUGACAACAAGUUACAGAUUAUACGCGUUAAAGGUUUAAGGAAAAACAUAGAUGAUAGUAUAAUAAAGGACAGCAGCCCUGUAAUAAAUUCACAUAUGGUGAAGAGCACAGUUUUCCAGGAUGUGAAGAACUUAUUUGACGAGCUUCAACUGAGCCAAGGUGUUAACGACCAACUCCAUUUUGUUAGUGAGCUGGAACGCUUUUAUGAAGAGGAUCUAUUUCAAACUUCCGUGAUCAAGAGGUUCACCGAUGUAGAGAACCUGGCUAAGAAGCUCAGAAAGGAAAAUAAGGCUAAAAAAAGCGUUAUUGAAAGACACAAUAAGGAUAAGAUUACUUUCAGAGACCUUAAAGUAGGUGAUCUAGCCCUGUUUUUACCUACCAGAGGGGUAGCGGGCUCGCUCACGUCUUCGGUCGCGUCCUCAUUGGCGUCAUCUUUUUCGUCCGUGGAUCUUUCAACACCGCCACCACCACUUCCUACUGCAUCGCAGUCAUUGAUUAAGGUCACGCCGCAUAAGCCGCAUCGUAACAAAUCCACCCCAUGGGCAGUGUUCACAGCAUCGGAACUAGGUGUUAGAUACUUCCUAAAAGAUUCCGAAGAGUUGGUAAAGGGGAAGGAUUGGUUUGUCGGUAAAAUCCAAUCUAUGGAAAAAUAUACAGUAAAUGGAGAUUCUCGCAAUCCAUUCAAACUACCUGAAGGUAUGGUCUGGUAUGAAGUGGUUGCUAGCUGUACCAAAGAAUUGUAG